UGUCAUGCCUGCUGCAUCAACAAGCCUGCUGCAUCAUCAAGCUCCAGCGAGAUUUCGCUCCAGAUCGACCCUAUCAAUGCUGAUUUGGAUAAUCAUAUCCUCGGACUUCGUGGACAAGUCCGCAAGCUAAGAGGAGUUGCUCAGGAGAUCCAAUCAGAGGCCAAGUAUCAAAAUGAUUUCAUAUCUCAGCUGCAAAUGACUCUGACGAAGGCCCAGGCUGGGGUCAAGAACAACAUGAGGCGAAUGAACAAGAGCAUCAUACAGAACGGUUCAAACCAUCUUGUUCAUGUGGUCCUGUUUGCCCUUGGCUGCUUCUUUCUAGUGUACCUUGUGUCCAAAUUCUCCCGGAGAUGAAAUACCAGCUCUUUGUACCUGAUUGACAAUACGGCACAACAUGUUGGUAGUUGUUUGACACGGCAUUUGUUCUUCUGUAUGUUGUGCAUAAAUUUGGGGUUAUGUUGAUAUGCCGACUUGGGUGUUGUUUCGUGUUUGCUGGAGGCAAUCUCAUAUAUCUGAAUGAUUGAAUUUGUACGGACGUCUGUAUUGAUAAAGUACCUUUUUCCCUGCUGCU